UCCUAUCUGGGAGUUGUAGUUCUACCUGUGUGUGCCGGGAAGGACUACAACUCCCAGCAUUCCUUGCGGCGCAUUGGUGUACAGAGGCUUGCACAGUGUUUGUCCAUCAGCCGGUGACACAUCCUGCUGCAGGGUAAGGAGACGUCACCUGAAGACCAGCCAUGGAGGUUCCGGUCCUGGAACAUAUCCGGCACUCGCUACUGAGUGACAGAAACAAAGACCUGAUCAUAGACAAGCUGCUGAGUCUCACCAUGGAGAUUAUCUGUCUGCUGACUAGAGAGGAUUUCAUUGUUGUGAGAAAGUCGGGUGACCAGGUGACAGACAUCAGCGGGCCCCCUGUGUCAGACAGAAGCAGCGGCACCCAGAGUCCAAACACAGAGGCUCCGCCUCAUGCGCCAACAGGGGAGAGGAACCGUGACCAGAAUAUCCAGCCACCUACUGAGGUAUAUCACAGAGAGACAGGAAAGGUGCCUGGGAAGUGUAAGGAUGUGGAGGUCUCGUUCUCUGUGACAGAGUGGGACUAUUCAGGCGGACACAAGGACGUUGUAAUGGACCCUCCGCAGCUGCGUGACUCAGUGGGUGAGUGCAGCUCUACUAACCCCCGAUGUGGGACCCCUCUGUACUCUCGGGAUUGCAUCAAGAAAGAGAACAAGAUCGUCACACCAUAUUGUCAGGCUGAGCCGGGACACGGGGUGUAUCACCCGCAGUGUAAGGAAGAGGAGCCCGUCCCUGAUCCCACCAGCUCAGGUGGAUGCAGCUCUAGAACUCCCGCAGACCCCUGUGAGACCCCUCUGUACUCUCCGGGCUGUAUAGAGGAAGAGAACAGGACUGUGACACAGGAAUAUCAGGAUGAGCCGGGACACGUGAUGUAUCACCGGCAGUGUAAGGAAGAGGCCGUUCCUGCUGAGAUCAGCCCAGGAACUGAGGCCGGUGUAGAGCUGGAUGCUGGUGAUCAUCGGGGGCUGCAGGAAUUUCUCCCAGAGUCCAGUGCAGGCCCACUUGCCUCCUUGUGCUAUCCUGAGAAGAUGCACCAGUGCCCGGAGUGUCAGAGACUAUACGCCCGUUAUUCCGACCUCGUCGCCCAUCAGGAGACGCACAGCGCCGGCCGUCUGUUUUCUUGCUCAGUGUGCGGACUGUAUUUUGAUACCGAAUUGAUGUUUAUCGCGCACCAGCAAUUUCACACGGAGGCGAAAUCCUUCGGUUGCUCUCACUGUGGUAAAUCGUUCAACCGGCGGUCGCGCCUCCUGUCCCAUAAGAGAACUCACACCGGGGAGAAACCGUUCUCCUGCCCGGAGUGCGGGAGGUGUUUUGCGGAAAGAUCGGCCCUGGUUACGCAUAAGCGGAUACACUCCGGCGAGAAGCCGUUUAACUGCGCACAAUGCGGCAAGCGUUUCGUCCAGGGAUCCAGCCUCAUGAAGCAUCAGCGCAUCCACACCGGGGAGAGGCCGUUCGUGUGUUUUGAGUGCGGACGCUGCUUUUCCGACAGCUCAAAUCUCUUCCGACAUCAGAGGAUUCACUCCCGGGAAAAGUCUUUUGUGAUCUAGACGCAGAAACUUUCAGAUACAGGCGUUGUGUAAUAUUACAUAUUGAAGAAUCAACUGCAAAAUAGAUUAAUGUAUUUUAUA